UAAAUGUCGUCUGCUCAAGAUGGAGCGGGAGUUGCAAGAGGCUCUCUCGAACGUUCAUAUUCUUAAUAUUGCGAAAAAACAGGAACAAAAUUUAAAAGAUUAUGAAGCGUUCGAAACCACGUUUGAAUUUGUAAUACCGGAAUUGCAAAUAUCGUUGUCUAAUAAAGACCAAUCUGUAGAUGGUGUUAAAAGAGAUAGCGAUGGAGAUUUUAUUCUUAAAAGAGAAAGAAAACUUAAACGCGGCAAUGAAAUCAGUAUAACCCAUGCACAGUGUACCCUAAUAAAAGAUGUUGGUUUACAAGUAUGGCAUAGUAGUUUACUACUCUGCGAAUUACUAAUAGAUCAAAGGCAAAAAUUAAAAAAUGAGGAUAUCAUCGAAUUAGGUUCAGGAGUUGGUUUAGCUGGAAUUAUUGGAGGAAUUUUUGCAAAAACAGUCAUCUGUACAGAUAAGGGGGAAAAUAUUUUGAAAUUAUGCGAAAAGAAUAUUGAAAAUAAUAAGAAAUUUCUUAAAGAAGGAAGCACUGUUUUAACAAAAGAAAUUAAUUGGGAAGAAACAUUGUUAGAAUUAUUAAAAUGGGAUACAGAAGAACGUAGAAUAGCUGAGGAAGCAAAAUAUAUUAUUGCUGCUGACGUUGUUUACAAUGAAGAUCUAACUAAUGCUUUCUUUCGAACCGUCUUUCAACUUUUGACAAUUGGACGCUGGAAUAAGAUUUUAUAUAUUGCAAUAGAAAAAAGAAUUAAUUUUACUUUGAACAAUUUGGCCGUUUGUUGUGAAGCUUAUGAACAUUUCAAAACAUGUCUAGAAGAAUUAGAUGGCUAUGAAUUUAUUAAAGAAAGCAAUGACGUCAUUCAUGAUAAUCUCUUACCCAGGGUGAAAUUUAAUGUUAACCAAGUUGAUAUAAAGGAAAUAGAAGUCUACAUGGAUUAUGAAAGAUCUCGAUUUUUAGUAAUAUGUUAA